GACAGCGGCACUCAUGGCGCCCCCCGUGAGGUACUGCAUACCUGGCGAACGUCUGUGUAACUUGGAGGAGGGCAGCCCGGGCAGCGGCACCUACACCCGGCACGGGUACAUCUUCUCGUCGCUUGCCGGCUGUCUGACGAAGAGCAGCGAGAACGGCGCGCUUCCUGUGGUGUCUGUGAUGAGAGAGACAGAAUCUCAACUGCUGCCAGAUGUGGGGGCUAUUGUAACCUGUAAGGUCUCUAGCAUCAAUUCGCGCUUUGCCAAAGUACACAUCCUUUAUGUGGGGUCCACGCCACUUAAGAACUCUUUUCGAGGAACUAUCCGCAAAGAAGAUGUCCGAGCUACUGAAAAAGACAAGGUUGAAAUUUAUAAGAGUUUCCGCCCAGGUGACAUUGUCUUGGCCAAAGUGAUCUCUCUGGGUGAUGCACAGUCCAACUACCUGCUGACCACUGCUGAAAACGAGCUCGGUGUGGUGGUGGCCCACAGUGAGUCAGGUGUCCAGAUGGUUCCCAUCAGCUGGUGUGAGAUGCAGUGCCCUAAAACCCACACUAAAGAAUUCCGGAAAGUGGCACGAGUACAGCCUGAAUUCUUGCAGACCUAAGAAGCCACAUUUUCCUCACAGAGCGGGUAAUCAGAUUCCAAAAGUAUCUGCAUGAAAGUAGCAUCAAGAUGCCAUUGUCUUUAUUCAGACAUCUGGGGUCAGCCAGCUACCACCUCUAGAAAAAUCUGCCAGAAACUUACUCUGUAAGUGAAACAUUUUUCUUAUGAACCUUUUGGUGGGUUCCGUUCUCUUGAGUGAUGAAACUUCUCUUUUAGAGGCACCAGAAAACAAACUGUGUAAUGUUGGAAACAGCUUCUUUCUCCUGAUUGUCCUUAUAAAUAUGUAUUUUUUGCUGUGACAAAACAUUUUUAUUAAAAGGAUUUUAUAGU